AUGGCGUCCGCGUCCGCGUCCGCGUCCGAUGCGACCCCGCCGAACGACGCGUCCUCCCCGGACGAUCGAGGCGCCGCGCUCGAAGCGUGGAUGCGCGUCGGCGCGGACGACUUCGAUCCGCGCGGCGUCGCCGUGCGGCGCAUCUCCGACGCGCGCGGCUUCGGCGGCGUCGCGACGCGUCCCAUCGCCGCGGGCGACGUCCUCGUCGUCGUCCCGCUGACGAAGAUGAUCACGUCCGAGAGCGUCCUGCGCGACGCGCGCCUCGGCGCGUGCGCGGCGAGCUUGAGCGAUUAUCAGGUGCGUUCUAUACAAAAGUUUUUCACCCACCGCUCGGUUUCAACGUUUGAUCGGUACCCGUUUCAACUGACCGGUGAACUGUUUUUGUAUGGAAUGGCCCUCAGAGGCUCGCGAUGA